GACGCCAGAGCCCGCACAGGCCGCCAGCCGCCGGCCGCCCAGCCCCGCCCGCGCAGGUCGCCGGUGCGCUCACCGCCGCGCCGGUCCCCGGGGACGCGCCCCGCCUCCCGCGCUCCGCCCCUCGCCGCGCCGCGCCCCGGUUCCCACGGCGCCCGCCCCGCCGACCAGCCCGCCCGCCCCGUGAGCAGCCCCGCCGGGCCAGGCCGCGCGAACAUGGCGCUGGUCCCCUGCCAGGUGCUGCGGGUAGCCAUCCUGCUGUCCUAUUGCUCCAUCCUGUGCAACUACAAGGCCAUCGAAAUGCCCUCGCACCAGACAUACGGGGGGAGCUGGAAGUUCCUGACCUUCAUUGAUCUGGUCAUCCAAGCCGUUUUCUUCGGCAUCUGUGUGCUGACUGAUCUUUCCAGUCUUCUGACCAGAGGCAGUGGGAACCAGGAGCAAGAACGACAGCUUCGGAAGCUCAUCUCUCUCCGGGACUGGACGUUGGCUGUGCUGGCCUUUCCUGUUGGGGUUUUUGUUGUUGCGGUGUUCUGGACCAUCUAUGCCUAUGACAGAGAGAUGAUAUACCCAAAAUUGCUUGACAACUUCAUCCCAGGGUGGCUGAACCAUGGAAUGCACACGACGGUUUUGCCCUUUAUCUUAAUUGAGAUGAGGACAUCCCACCAUCAAUAUCCCAGCAGGAGCAGCGGGCUCGCCGCCAUAUGCACCUUCUCCAUGGGCUAUAUAUUAUGGGUGUGCUGGAUACAUCAUGUCACCGGCAUGUGGGUGUACCCCUUCCUAGAACAUAUUGGCUCGGGGGCCAGGAUCAUCUUCUUUGGAUCAACAACCAUCCUAAUGAAUUUCCUGUACCUGCUUGGAGAAGUGCUAAACAGCUACAUCUGGGAUACGCAGAGAAGUAUGGAAGAAGAGAAAGUGAAGCCUAAGCUGGAAUGAGAUCCCAGGCUAAGAGGAGAAGCAGAAAGAAGCUGCCCUUGCAUUCUUUGGGCCCUGGGCACUAGCAAUGAGGAGACAGAACUUCAGAGGGGGCUGUGACAUCAGUUCUGUCUCCCUGGCCCUGAGGGAGAGCAACUUUUACAUACAAAUAUAUACAAAAUAGGACACAUUGCCUUUGAAAAGAACUCACCCUCAUUUUUUUAAAUUCUCUAUCCAAGUUCAUUAUUGUUGAUUUUUUGUUUCUUUUUUUCUAGUUUUAAAACUAAAGUUGAUCAUUAAAAUUUCAUUUUGGCAGUAAUUCCAUUUAAUUGAGAAAAAAUCAAAUGUACUUUUUGUUGAGGAAUCUCAUAAAAUUGGAGGAGCAGAUGUGGAUUGAGGAUGGAGUGAUGACUCUAGGAUACAGGAUGGACCCAAGAGUUAGGUAGUUCCUGUGGUGAUAGUGUCACACUUGUCUGAAAUGAGUAGAGUUAGUAAUAGGGUCUGUGAAACACUGCCCAAGUGUUACCAUUAAUAAAGACCAACCAACCCAAA